AUGGAUGAUAUUGUCUACAACAUCACUCAGCAGUGGUUAACUACUUUAAAAUCACGUAUUCAAUACAAUAACAAGCCUUUUCUGAAAAAGCUGGAAAGCUUUGGUAGUGGAGUAUUUAAAUACGAGGAUCCAGUCUUGUUGGAAAGAGCGUUGGACCUGAUACCUAUUCAACGAUUUUAUGACGAAGCAGACCCUGAAAAUUGUCUGGAAGAUACUAUUAUUAAAAAGCUACUUUACUGGUUUAAGAAUGAGUUUUUUACUUGGGUCAAUAGUCCACCAUGUGAACAUUGCAAUAAAGAAACUCGGUCGGAAUCUAUUGUUAUGCCAACACCCGAAGAGCGACGAUACGAUGCAUAUAGAGUAGAAACCUAUCGUUGUACAGCCUGUUUUAAAAUAUCACGGUUUCCUAGAUACAAGAUAGUGACCCAGGGAAAUUACUGGAAACAAGACGCGGCCGUUGCGGAGAAUGGGCCAAUAGCUGUAGGAGCUGAGGCUCGCAUUGUUUAUGAUUCAACAGAUCAUGUCUGGACAGAAGUUUAUUCAGAAUUUGAACAACGAUGGAUUCAUUGCGAUGCAUGUGAAGAUGCUUGGGAUAGACCUUUACUGUACAGUCUCGGUUGGGGCAAGAAAUUAAGUUAUUGUAUUGCAUUUUCAACUGUAGAAGCUUUAGAUGUCACCAAGCGGUACACGAGGGAUUGGCCAGUCGUUUUACAAAGACGUAAACAAGUGCGUGAAAUCGAGCUGGCAUUGUUCUUGGAUGAUUUGACUCAGAUAAGGCAGCAAUCGUUUAGCUUGGAAAAGAAAAAAGAGUUGAAUCAAAGGAGAGUAAGGGAACUAUUGGAAUUGGAAGAAAUGAGUGCAAAAAGAAUGAUAAAAGAGGAUGAACUCGUGGGUAGACAGAGUGGUUCCGCAGAAUGGAGACAGAUGCGUGGUGAACAAGGAAAUGAUUUAAAAAAGGAAACACGCUCUCUUCACAAAUUUACCCUACUUGGCUCUUGUAGACAAUUGGAUUCAACCAUCAUUCGUCUAACGGACAACACGACAGAUCAAACAGGUGCUUUUUAUCAUCCAGAAUCAGUUGAUCUUACAGAUAUAAAAGGCAUUGAAGUUGAGUUUGCUUUGCGAAUCAUUGGUAAUGGCGCCGAUGGUUUGGCAUUUGUGGUUCAAACGGUUAGUAAAGACGUUUUGGGAGAAGGUGGUUGUCAGUUAGGUUACGGAGGUAUCAAACAGUGUGUGGCUGUUGAGUUUGAUACAUACCAAAGUUCUGAUAGAUGUGCAGAUCCCUCAGGGAACCAUAUUAGUGUCCAUGCUCGAAAGCCGCCAUUCCCAAACUCCGCUCAUCAUGAUUACUCGCUCGGCCAUACGUCUUCUAUUCUGCCCUUGGCUACAGGGCAAUGGAUUCACAUAAAGGUACAGCUUGAUCGUGAUGGAGUUCAAGUCGGUUUGAGGGAUAAAAAUCAGUAUAUUCAAGUAUUGGAUGUUUGCCUAAAUACACUAGACUAUUUAAACUACCCACAUUCUAAGCAGGCAUGGAUAGGGUUCACAGCCAGUACAGGUGGUUUAGCACAGAUACAUGAUGUACAGUUGACACAACUAAAUGUUUAUUAUAAAUAA